CGGUGUUAGUCGUUGCUAUGUUAUUCUAGUUAUGUUAUGGAAGAUGUCACUUGCUAGAGCGUUGGUGCUACGCGCGUUGAAAACAAGAGCAUGGAGCACUAUAAAUGUGUCUUCAGUAGGACUGAGACCUCGGCAGACACGUUACGAGUCCCCUCUUGUCUCCUCACUGUGUUACAGCAGCAGCAGCUCAUCACAGGGACAACAGGUCUCCUCCUCCUCCAGUUCCUCUGAGCAUAAAGUACAUCUUAGUGAUGCAUGUGUCAAGAAGCUGAGUGAAAUCAUGCAGAAGGGAGAAUAUCUGAGGAUACAGGUGGAGGGUGGUGGUUGUUCUGGGUUCCAGUACAAGUUUUCUGUGGAUGCUAUCAAAAAUGAAGAUGACAGGAUUUUUGAGCAGAACGGCAUUGGUGUGAUUGUAGAUGAGGAAAGUCUGGAGUUUGUUAAAGGAGCAACGCUUGACUUUUGUCAGGAGCUCAUCCGCUCCUCCUUCCAGGUUCUCAGGAACCCGCAGGCAGAACAUGGCUGCUCUUGUGGCAGCUCUUUCUCUGUCAAAGUUUGAAACAUGUUUCUGCAUCACAAAUAUUUGAGCUGUAACACUCAAUCCCAGUUCCCCAUUUUUUGUUUCUUGGUAUCUAGUGAUGAAGGAAGUAAGAAGAGUUAAAUCAGUUUUGUUAGAGGACACAGACCACAUGCACAGAAAUAAGUCAGAAUAGAGAACCAGUGACAUCCUCUCAUCGUAUCUGUAAACAAGCCACAUUUUAAUGAGUUCGUUUUGUUGUUACAAACACACCCACAUAAGUGAAUCGAAAGCAAACAGUACAAAAUAUUGUCAUUUUAUGAUGUGAGGCUGUAGUCAUAAAAUGCAUGGACUCUGAAUAUGGGAAAGCACUAAAAUAUCUGCAAAUUGUACAUACAGACUGUAAAUAAGAAUAAAAUAAAGAUAUGUGCAACAUU